AUGGGACUUACAAUCCAAGUCAAAUUCGACGAAACUUCAACCUCAUUCACCGCUCAAAGACUCCGUAUAGCCGGCGACUCGGAGCGUGUACGCUUUUCCGCUCUUCCUGAAGUGGCACAAAUUCUGCGCGUACCCGCCAAAGCAUUCUACGCCAAUGGGCCAGGAGAUGGGGAACGUAAACGUGCUUUCCUUUCCAAUGCUCCGAUCUGGGGACUCGAAGAUAUGGCAACUAUUUACUACGCCAAAGGGAUUGCUGUCGACGGCACCCGCUUUUGCCUUCGCUUCAUUUUCAACGCGUCGCAGGCAAUCCGAGACCCGGAAUCCAACAACUAUCAAAUAUACAGCCGCCUGCUCCAGGAUGCUAAGUUUUCCUCUCAGGACCUUAGUUCAUCUGCUGGUGUUUUGACUCCGAUUCAUUUUGGUCUCUGGCUGAUGAAGACUGAAGACUGGGCAGGCAAUGUUAUCUUCAGUCUCACACAGUGGUGCGGAAUUUCAUGGAAAAGUCUAAUGCGAACGAAAUAUAACACUCUGCAAAACCGCGCACUCGUUGGUCGUACCUUUGAAGCAUUCCAUGAUAUGGGCUUCAAGCUUGUUAAAUCGGACUCCUUUGACUCGUGGCAUUUGCAACAGAUUCUGUUGGACAUAGAGGACCCCCACUUGACAGAAAACGCUCGCCUAAAUGGCAAUGCACGUUGUUUCAUCGCUGGCUUCUCGGAUGCCGUAGAACAUUGCUGCAAGCGCAAAGUCCCUGUUCUUCCUAUCGGUUGCUUACUCCCCCGCAACACUUUUGGAUGCGAAGAGUUACGUAGUCUCAGUCUCCAUCUCGGAUUCACCAAAACGCCUACCGAUCCUCCUGACUUCGCCUUGAAAGCCGUGGAGUGGUAUGAGUGUUAUCGACAGCAGCACACGAACUACGCUAGUUCUUCACUUCUUAUGGCUCAGCGCAAGCGGAUGUUUCCCCGCCCAGUUGCCUGUUUACGAAGGCUUGGAAAUCUCGCUCGACGACGACGAGGAUUCUGGUUUGAUCUUGGUUGA